CCCCGAUGACCCCUCUAUUUUUACGCCGAAUGGCAGAUUACACCGCCUCUUCUCCCCUUUGUAUUUCUCCACUUGCCACAUUCUGCUCCCUCUCUCUACUUACUUUAUCUCUCUACUGUAACUUGCCAACUAGCUUUGACAUUUUUUUACCCAGACUCUUUUAAUAACCCCACAUUCUCUCUCAUUUUUAUUCUUCUACUCGCUGUUGUUGAGUUUUUCUCUUUGCAUGUCAUUUUGAUCGUUUCAACUUAUUUUGAUUAAAGAAAGCAGUUUUUUUUUCCCCUUCACCAUCAAUGGAGUGAAUCCUUUUUUAAGAAGAGAUAAGUUUAAGAGAAAUGGCACCAGAAAAUAACUGGCUAUCAUUUUCCUUGUCUUCAAUGGAAAUGCUUCAAUCUACAAUGAAUGCUUCGUCGUCUGUGGAUUCUCACAAUUAUUAUUCAUUUGCCGAUAAUUUCUAUGCCAAUGGGUGGGCUAACACAAAACCUCAAGUCAUGUACACAGAGGCUGAAAAUCAUCCAGAAAAAGAGAACAACUUGAUUUUCACAAGCUAUAUGGACUCAGAAUUGCACCAAAACAUGCAGCCACCGCCUAAACUGGAGGAUUUCUUCGGCGGCGAGUCGACGGAGACGCAAGACUCGUCUUCCCUAACUCAUAUCUACGACCACCCCCAGACCAACGGCGGCGGCGUGGCCUACUUCAACAGAAGUGAACAGCAAGAUCCCAAGACGAUCACUCGGUUUCAAGCCUUUUCUGCAAACUCGGGCUCCGAGGUGGAUGACUCGGCGUUUGUGGGCCACACUCAGUCACCCGUUGAGUCGGGAAGCGAGUUGGUGGCUUACCCUCAGGCUGCGAUAACUGGUUCUAAUACUACUACUCAUGCUUUGUCCCUUGGCGUGAAUAACAAUGUUCAGUGCACCGAGAAUAACAACGUUAAGGCUAUUGUUUCUGUUCAAUCUGCCGAAGGUUGUAAAAAAAUUGCUGACACUUUUGGUCAGAGAACUUCCAUCUACAGAGGCGUCACCAGACACAGAUGGACAGGAAGAUAUGAAGCGCAUCUAUGGGAUAACAGUUGCAGAAGGGAGGGACAAGCAAGAAAAGGGCGUCAAGUGUACUUGGGUGGGUAUGACAAGGAAGAAAAGGCUGCAAGGGCUUAUGAUUUGGCAGCUCUUAAGUACUGGGGUCCGACUGCCACUACCAACUUUCCGAUCUCGAAUUAUACCAAAGAGCUUGAGGAGAUGAAGCAUGCAACAAAACAAGAAUUCAUUGCAUCGCUGAGAAGGAAAAGUAGUGGUUUCUCAAGGGGUGCAUCGAUUUAUAGGGGUGUUACAAGGCAUCAUCAACAAGGUCGAUGGCAAGCAAGGAUUGGUCGUGUUGCUGGGAAUAAAGAUCUGUACCUCGGAACAUUUGCUACUGAGGAGGAAGCGGCAGAGGCAUACGACAUUGCUGCAAUAAAGUUUCGGGGAUUGAACGCAGUGACAAAUUUUGAGAUGAGUCGAUAUGAUGUUGAAGCCAUUGCCAACAGUUCUCUUCCUAUCGGUGGAACCGCAAAGCGCUUGAAACUGUCUCUCGAAGCUGAAGAGAAACCACCGAUGAGCCUCCCGUGCAGCAGCAGCAUUAAUUUCGGAGCCGUUCAACCAGUGUCAGUGUCGACUAUCCCGUAUGGCCUGCCUUAUGAUACGACGGCCCCAUUCUAUCAUCAUCAUCAUCUCUUUCAGCACCUUCAGGCGAGCAAUGCAGGAGCCUCGGCUGAUACUUCCAUGGUAACUCCGAUGCCUUUGAUGCCAUCACCACCACCACCAGCCGAGUUUUUCAUCUGGCCUCACCAGUCGUAUUAACGCCGAAAUUACUCUUCAUGUUCAACUUAUGUUAACUGGUAGCUGUCAUUUGUUGUAUUCGUCUUAAACUGACCUUUCGUCUGACUCCAUAUAAGGUUUAGGAUUAGUUUAAUGCUUGGCUCAUAUGAAUACAGAGAAGUUUUUGGUAGGUAUAAUAUGGAAUGAUGUAAGCAAGCUUCUCUCUAGUAGCUUAUGAAUUAUGCGGGGAAGCUCUUUUAAUGGAAAAAUUUUCAACAGGUUUUCCAUUUUAA